AUGACUCACCAAGACCUUCAGCAAAUCUUAUACCCACAGCUUUCCGCGAAUACAUUUGAGACCUCAACUACGGUUGAAGCAGUAGAUGACACUGAUGAGCUUAAUGAGACUCCUGUUGUACCAGCAACAACAGAAACAACUGUGAGAGUAACAAGGCCACUUCCUCCUAUAGAUUUUAUAUUGCCAAGGGCCUUAUCUUCUGAAAGAGAACUGUUGGAUUUAGCGUUCAGACCUGCUGCAUUAAAUACCCGUGUAACAUGUCGAAUUCAACGUUGUAGGGAUGGGCUGGAUAAGCUAUACCCUCAAUAUCACUUAUUCAUCGAGCAUCUUUUAACUGGAGAAAUGCAACACGUAAUGACAGCCAGAAAAAAGAGAAAGAGCAACACGAGCUACUACACGAUCACGGGUGUCUAUCAAGAAAAUAGUCAGGUAGCCGAAGAAAAUGUAGAACUGGGCAAAGUCAGAUCAAACUUUCUGGGUACAACCUUUGUUAUCUACUCUCAUGGUAAAAAUCCAUUAAAACGAGAGAUGGCCGGAAAGAAGAAAGAUCUACCUAUACGAGAAGAAUUAGGGGCAGUUCUUUAUGAUCCCAACAUUCUUGGCUUUAAAGGGCCCAGAAAGAUGACUAUACUAAUGCAUACGUUGACAAGAGAUGGAAAGCGACCUGAAUUUAGACCUACGAAGGAAUCUGAGAUGUUACUAAGCAAGUAUAAGGAAGGUGGUGCGCGAGACUUGUUGAUAUUGCACAAUAAAAGCCCACAGUGGAACGAAGAGACUCAGUCGUUUGUACUCAACUUCAACGGAAGAGUAACACAAGCAUCAGUUAAAAACUUUCAAAUUGUCCAUGACAACGACUUGGAUUACAUUGUUAUGCAGUUUGGCCGAGUCGAAAGGGACUCUUUUACUAUGGAUUACAAAUAUCCCAUGUGCUUACUUCAGGCCUUUGCUAUUGCCCUAACAUCGUUUGACGCUAAACUUGCUUGUGAAUAAAGUUAAAUGUAGAAUGCGAUCGUUAGGAAGAAAAUGAACACUCCCCCUGACCCGAGCACACUGCUUAAUUAGGAAAUUCCUUGUUACUUAAUUUUGUUUUAAAUGUCAAAUGUAUAAAUACUUAAUCCGUCCUAACCCCG